CGUUUUUGGCAAUACCUUGACCUACCAUAAAAAAAUCGAGGACCAAUAUCGUAUAUCAAUGUACAAACGGAGUCGACUACAAAGCAACCAUGCGUGCCACGACUGUCAACUCUCGUUGAGCAACUUUAUACCGAUGGUUUGUAGAGGCCCAGGCAAAAGACAAUGGAUGUAAGCCGCGAAAGCCAAUCAAUCGUGGUAUACACUCAUGUUCUUGCAUUGCACGUAAGUAUAAAGAGGUUUUGAAAUCAAAGAAGGCUUCAGUCGAUCGUCCGGACUGUCUAAAGAAGUCAUAAAACGUCCCAUCGGAAAAUACGCUCAGAACUAUGAAACUCUUAGGGUAUUGCCUCUUUUGUCUCCUCGCCGCAAGAGUACAAUCGAAGCCACAAAUAACCAAACUAUUUCCAGUAGAAGGAAUAUAUCAAAAACAAUUAAAUAAUACUACGAAGCCUCUAGAUAAAUUUUUAGAAAAACUCCGCGCCACAUACAAUCUCUUCUUCCGCCAAACCAACAAUACAAAUGUAGAAAAGAUUCUGGCAAAGGACACGGCAGUUUCUGAUUUGCAAGCUUUAAAAUUAAUCUGGUCCGACAAGAUAAAGACAGAUAGAUAUGCAAAUCUCGAAUAUCCCAAUAAUAGUUUCUUGGAUGAAAUAAAAACGAUCUCAACACUGAAGAAUUAUAAAAAUAAAGCGAAUUCAAGAAAUCUCGAAAAGGAAUCAUCCGUCAAAAUAGGGACAACGAUCAAAGUAAACGAGAAAAAUGUGAACUCUAUGAGUUCCGACGAAAAGAGCUCUAAUAAAAUGAAGACGCUGCCUGACGAUGAUUGGUUUAACGAUGUUCAGCCUUUGGAGCAACUAGAGCUGCAAGACGAAGAAAUAAAUAAGAAAAAUGAGGUAGAAAUCGUAACAGCAAGAACGACUCUUCAAUCUCCGAGGGUAGGUCAUCAGCUGAUCGAAUGGUUUGGAUCCCUUUUUGGCCUUAAUAACAUUUACGCAAAAUUAUCGGGUGCUUCUUGUGGAAGUGAAAGAAUGCAACAAUAAUAAAUCGGCUAAGAAAUGAGAUGUAUAAAAUAUAUUUUCAGGAAUUGAGAUUAUAGAAAUUAUGUUAUAUUAAUUCUUCCUUUAUAAAUCUAGAAUCUAAAAUUGAACCUAGAUAUGUAACAUAGAUAUCCAAUCGUAAUUUUCAUUUAACAAAUAUAAAAAGAGAUGUGUUUAAUCUAAACAUAAAAUAAAAGAUAAUAUUUAAUGCUAAAUGUGCGCUGAUAAUAUGAGAAAAUGUAAACAUCGAAUGAGAAUUCAAUUUCAAUUUAGUAUU